UUUCUACCGCUGUUAGUGCGACCGGGUGGAUCGGGAGUGCUUUUCCGGAGCUAUGCCUGCCGUGUCAGGCGUGUUAGUGACGAGUAUCAGUGGAUCGUUCAAAGCGGAGAUCAAGAAUCGAUUGUCAUCCAGCAUCGUGCGAAAUUGUGCGUAACAGACAAUUUAAUCUCCGAUUUGUCGUUAACAUAUUUCGUUAAGUUUCGCAAGAUCGUUUAUAUGAUUGUUCCUUCGCCGCGCCGUGAAGCGAAACGAUAAUUCUGGUGAAAGCAUUCGCAACUAUUUCGAUCGGCCCGCAGACUUUCGCGCUGUUAAGUGCGCGGUAGUAAAAAGCGAGCGAGUUUGCGCCGCUUCGACGAAUUUUCAAGUGAAUGACUCGCGCGAGUGAAGGUUCCGCGAUUACACGGACGAAACGAUUUACACGAUUGAUCGUCGCUGGCGAAAUGCGGCGCGCAGAAUGAGCGGUCGAAUCACGAGUGCACUUCUACGACUUUAAUCUCCGUGUACGUGAAACGCGGAUGAAAUAGUGAUUCUAUUAAAAACUGUGUUUGGAAUUGACGAAGGUAACUGAAAUUGUGCGUAUUCCGCUUCGCGUUUCCUCCUUUAUAUAUUAUUUUCUUUAAAGGACAUCGCUUUCCUUAAAAUCCAUCAGUCUGUGCAUUUCGGAAAAUCUGUUUAAAGACGAAUUUAUGGACUUUUACAAUUUAAAAGACGAUUUUUCUGAAUUCUCAUGCCUCGAACUACUCUAAUCUAUCAUCUUAACGAAUCUUUCUUCCGUUUCUUAACGAUAUAUGACGAUAUAUAACGAUUAUAUAACUUAUUGAUAAAAUUCCCAAUUAUUGGCAAGUUCGCGAAAAUGACGAGCGGUCUCUCGAUUCGCCUGUUGACACUUCUCGUGGUUGUGUAUACCUGUUGCACCGUCGUCGAGGUCAAUGGUGAACAGCAGUUUAUCGAAACGCCACCCUCUUACAAGGAAGUGACACUUGGUCAAGAUGUGCAGCUGCCAUGCAGGGUGCGAGACAAACGUGGCGAAUGCGCCUGGCAGAAGGACAGGAAAAUUGUGACUAUGCGCUCGAAGAAAUACCAAAUGUUGAACGAUCGUGACAACGACUGCACUUUGGUGAUCAGGAACGUCUCCUUGGAUUUUGACGACGGCUAUUGGGAAUGUCAGGUCGGCUCCAGCGAUUUAAUGUAUCAGGACGCGCUCACGUCCUUGCCGUCGAGGCUGCUCGUGAUAGUGAAACCCAAGCCACCUACGUUGGAGUAUGAUAGAAGUCAACCUAUAGACGACGCUUUAUCGUUAAAGGAGGGACAGGAAAUUACGAUCGGCUGCUCUGCGCAGAACGGAAAUCCACCUGCACUUAUCAAGUGGUUCAUAGGGGACCAAGAAAUAGAACCUUUGAGGGAGCAGCAAAACAUAUCGGAGUCGCAUAAGACCUGGAUAGCUCAGAGUCUUUUACGGUUGCACGGUCGAAGGGAAUAUCAUGGAUUAUGGAUCAAAUGUGUGGCCAUACAUGCGUCAAGCUCGUCUCAGGCCUUGGCGAAGUCUCGAAUAAACGUACUAUAUUUGCCGGAAGUGCAGAUCAGAUCGAACCCACAGCCGCUCACAGCCGCGCCAGAGGAUUUGGAAAGCUUCUUAGGUCUAAAGUGUCUGGUGGACUCUAAUCCGCCCGCCGAAAUCAAGUGGUAUAAAGGCUCGUCACCAUUGAACGAUGCCAUGCUUUCGCAGCUGAAGUACAACAAGUCGCAGAUAGGUGCCGAUCUCGUACAGAUCUCUGAGCUGCGUUUCGAGCCGGUCAAGAAGCAGGACGCCGGGAUGUACUCGUGCAAGGCGGUCAACAUCAUCGGUGAAAGCGUUCCGGCCAGCUACAGCCUAGACGUGCAAUACAAGCCAAGGGUGAAGAAUAUAGAAAAUGUUGCGGAGGAUGACUUGGUGAAAACCGUGCAAUUAGGCUCCACGGCGGAGCCGUUCGUGUGUCCUGAGUUCGACGCCAACCCGCCUGCGCAAUACCGAUGGACACAUUCUCGCCGCAAGUCCACAGCCUUUACGAUGAACGGUCAGGCCAGCAGCGACAGCCGACGUCUCCGUUUGGAGCACAUCACGUGGUCAGACCAAGGCGAAUAUACCUGCGUCGCGUUCAACACGAUCAACGGUGUGAGGAAGGAAACUAACAACAAACAACGCUACAUAAUAAACGUGACCGGGCCACCGGAGAUCCAGGCAAAAUCCGAUCAUAUGAAUAAUCACGAGUCGAUCGGUUGGAUCGGCGAGCGUGUACACACACUCAAAAUCCGAUUCUGUUCGCAACCACCGCCGAAACUGGUCACGUGGCAAUGGGGAAGCAAUCAAAUUCGAGCCGCGGAGAACAUUAAUCCGAAGUACGAAGCGUUGCCGUUGGAAACGAUUAUCGAACAUGGAAUAGUAACCAACUGCUUCUGGGCAAAACUGGAGAUUAAAAAUCUGCAGAAAGAAGAUGCCCGGAUAUAUACCUUGUUGGUGCAGAGCGAAAAAGGCGAAGACUCGGCGAGAAUCAAAUUGCUAGUAAAAGACUCCACUGAGACACGAAUGAUAGGAGUUACCGUGAUUAUCGGUUUGCUGUUAGUGUUGACGUUGAUCUUGAUCGGUGUGUGGUCCCUAGUGCGAUGGCGACGUCGACGGUAUCGUCAAGGGAUGGAGGAGGAUGGUAGUAUAGCGGCGGACGCGUUGUACAACAACGGUGCAACGAUGGACCGACAAAAAACCAUCAACUCGUCCACCCAUGUGAAGACCUUCGGGAGAAAGCCCAGCCUGGACAGCGACCAGAGCGCAUACGAUUAUUCUCACGUGGUGAAGCAAGCGCGUACUAUGAGCCCGGAAGCGCUGAAGGUCAGGAGAGCGCCAAUGGUGCUGCAAUCGCCCACUAUCGUUUGAUUAACAGAGACUGUUGACUUACUAUUAAUUAAAUAAGAAUGAUUUUCUCAUAAGCGUCGGUGUUUUAUACCUUUCUUUUUAUUGUUUUGAAUACAAUUCGGCACACAGCCGAUAAUCCAAUGAAAGAACUAUUCAUUCCGAGAAAUUAAGUUCUCUCAUUCGAGAGAACGUUUGACUGCCAGUGAGGAUAUAAUGCGAGAGUCUAUAAUUUGACGUAUUCAAAUUAAAGACUAGAAUUAAGAUAAAGACGAAGCGUAGCGUAACUCUCAGUACUUUUACAAAUAGAUUAGUAUGUCAACGGUGCAACGUACAUUCUCGCAUCGGCAUCACUCCCUGAUGCAUAAUGUGGUGCGAAGUGUUCUUAAAAGACUGUGGAUUGUUUUUAUAUUUUUAUAGUACAUCGUUGAAUGAUAUUUUCCUCGGAUUUUAUUUAUUAUCAUGUUACUUGUUGUAUACUUUAUCGUGAUGAGGCUACAAUAGUAAUUUAAGCGCACCAGAUAGAGAGACGCACGUCGCGAUAAAUGCUGUGUGGAAAGACUUCUGUAUCCCUUCGCACGGACACAGAUCCUACAGUCCACGUCGUCGGUGCGGAACGAAGCGUAACGUUUCAUAGCGGUUGCAUCUCAGUGACUUUAAUGGCGAUUAUGCGCCGGCGGGAGCGGUACAAAACAAGGCGAACUUUGCAAAAACGGUAUACUCAUACAGUUUCAUAUUUCAAUACGUGAAUUAAGCUACGAUACAUAGCUAAGUAGGAAAUAAUUUACAUUUUCAAAACACUUCAUGUCCUGUUAUUAUUUGUUUAUCUUCGAAACCGUGAAAUAU